UCGCUCCUGCCUGCAGCUUGAUGCUCAUCGGGUCGAGAAACGCUGCCUUGGAAACGACAUAAAUCCAGUCAGUGCAGCUGGUUGCAAAGAGGGACCUACAUUUCCUCACUUCAAAGGCUUCCGCCCCUCUGCUCCUCUCUCCUCUCCUCUCCUCCAUCUCUCCAUCCACCCUGCCCCGAGCCGCGAGCAUGAAUGCUCUGAAAUGAAACGCAUCGUAGGAGCGGGGAACGUCGACAAACGCUGAGUUAACGGGACGACGUCACGGUCAGAGGUACAGGAAGAUGCCGCUGGUGAAGAGGAACAUUGAACCCCGGCACUUGUGCCGUGGGGCGCUGCCGGAUGGGGUGACCAGUGAGCUGGAAUGUGUCACCAACAGCACGCUGGCAGCAAUCAUCAAACAGCUGGGCAGUUUAAGUCGGCAUGCAGAGGACAUCUUCGGAGAACUGUUUAAUGAAGCCAACAGUUUUUACCUGAGGAUGAGCGGCCUGCAGGAGAGGGUGGACCAGCUGGCUGUGAAAGUCACUCAACUCGACUCCACCGUAGAGGAAGUCUCUUUGCAGGACAUCAACAUGAGGAAGGCUUUCAAAAGCAGCACAAUUCAGGACCAGCAGGUUGUGUCAAGGACCUCAGUGCCCAACCCUGUGGUAGAGAUGUACCAUCGCUGUGACAAGCCUCCACCACUCAACAUACUCACCCCGUACAGGGAUGACAAGAAGGAUGCUCUGAAGUUCUACACCGAUCCAUCCUACUUUUUCAACCUAUGGAAGGAGAAAAUGCUGCAGGCUACCGAGGACAAACGCAAGGAGAAAAGGCGGCAGAAGGGCUGUCCGGCCCACCCUGACAGGCCCCACUCCAGACAGGCCCCACCCAGGAGCCCCCUGUCCAUCUCUGAGCAGCAGAGGCAGGUUGAAGAUCCAAGCAGAGAAGUCAAGAAGGUGCGUAAGGCUCGCAACCGCCGUCAGGAGUGGAACGUCCUGGCCUAUGACAAAGAGUUCAGACCUGACGCCAGACUUACCCCCUCUCCUUAUCAUGGCAUGUCCUCUGAAGGCUCCUUGUCCCCUGACAGCAGAUCAAUGGCAUCUGACUCCUACCCUGCCAGCCCCAACCACCCUUCCACCCAGGCCCAGAGUGCUCCCCACCCAACUGACCUUCACGCCAGAGAUCACCUCAGUGCUCCAGCCCAGACCCAGUCCCUGGAUCGCGGCCUCAGGCCAGCAAACCAGCCUCCAGGAGUCGGUGGAGCAGCCACAGGUCGACACGUGGCAUCUUUGGGAAGGACCCCAUCAGGACACGCUGCCCAGACUGGAGGAGAUCCUAUGGUUAAUGGACCAAGGCAGCAAUCGGUUAAAGACUACCGGACUGGACACGGUGGCCAGCCUUCCACCAUUCCAGAGUACUACAUCCCACCAGCUCCACCCCCACCACCACCCACUAUCCCAUCUGCCCUGACGGCCUUCGAUUCCACCAACGCCCCGCCCUCUGCGGCUCCGGCUGCUGUUCCUCCAAUCUCUGCAGCCCUCUCUUGCCAAUACUCUCCCUCCCCUCCUCCCCCCCCUGCCAACUACGUGCCCUCCCCUGCCCACCCACCUUCAGGCGCACCCCCAGCUGCACCACCACCCCCACCCCCAGGAGCAUCGACAGGAUACCAGGCUCACCCAUCGCCGCCACAUGCCGCGGUUGGUCAGACAGCAGCAGAUGCUGCUCCCUCCACGAGGAAGUCCACCAUGUUGGGGAUGAUCCCCAUGAGCGACGCCCGCUCCGAUCUUCUGGCUGCCAUACGUAGAGGUAUCCAGCUGAGGAAGGUGCAGGAGCAGAGGGAACAGGAGGCAAAGCGAGAGCCUGUUGGCAACGACGUGGCCACCAUCCUGUCACGGCGUAUUGCAGUGGAGUACAGCGAGUCAGACGACGACUCUGAGCUUGAUGAGAACGAGUGGUCUGACUAGAACACAAAAAAAUCCAAAAUAGAGUUGGAGAUGAGGAGCUUGUUGUGUGGAGCUACCAACAAGUUGUGCUGGGAAGAAAUUGAGAUUGACAUAAAGGGAUGUGGUUACUUUUCAACACAUUAGUCAGCCAUAGUCAUGCACAUUGCCUGUCUUAUUCACUCUGAACAAAAGAUGGAGCAUUACAUCUCACACGGCUACCCCUGAAAAUGCCCAUUCCUACAAACUCCAGAGGUUGAUGUGAGGAACAUCCUUGGGUUUACAGCACAGUGGAACACCUGAGUCCCCUCCAGCAGCCUCCUGCCCCCAUCUGCUUAUUUCAACCACAAGUGGUGAAACACAAACCAGUCAGCGUUUCUCCUCCCACUCAUUUGAGUGGUAAUUACAAACAAUGUUGCAGGCUUUCAUGCUGGAAGUAGGCAAUACCCUUAUGAGGUGAAGGUCUAAUUUGUUUACUCAACACAUGACCAAGCACAGGAAGGACUUAUAUUAGUGCAAUCUUUAACUUAUCUGCCAAAUGUUGAUAACACAUGUGAGGCCACAACUCAGGAUGAUCAGGGAGACUAAAAGUCUCUAAAGGAUUGAUGUGAUUUCCGAGCUGUGUUCGUUGCACACUCUGCAUUCAACAUCCCCACAUAUUGGGAGUUUGGCCACUUCACUUUGAUAAAUAAAAAGCAACUCAAUUCAGUGGAAUUCCUGCCAUGUAAGAUGAAAGAAUGAAUAGAAAGGUUUACUUUUGAUUAAUAAAAUAAAAAUAACAAGUUACAUCAAAUUAAAGUGUUACAUGGAAGGCAGGCGUUUGCAGACCAGAUUUGUGUAUUUAAAAUCCCAUCUUUUGAUUCAUAUAAUACAGUAUUUCAGUUCUUAAAUAUCUGUGGAAUAAUUAAAAAAACAAAAUUAAAGAAAUUCUUGCAGUAUAUAAAAUUACAUUGAAAAAAAGUACCUAGAAACCUUUCGAUUUUAAUUUAUAAAGCUGCUUUACCCUAUUUUCUGGAGUACAAGUCACAUCAGAGUAUAAGUCGCACUUUCAGGAAAGAAGUCCAACACUUUUGAACAAAUUUACCAAGCCCCGCGCAGUGCUGUGUUAAACGUCAUUUGUGCCUCAAAUUUGUGUCGAAUUCAAAUUCUCCUUUUUUUUGCGUCCGCUGCCUCUUUUGACUUGUGUGUUAAAUGUGAUGCUCAGUGUUAGACCAAAAAUGUUUUCAUAAACGAGAUGCUCCCGUUGCAUUUGGGAGAAGCUUCCGUUUAAGUUUUUUAGGCUACAUAAAAGCAUCGAGUGUUUAUCUUAUUCAAUGCACAGAAGACACGCAAAAGACAAUACACUGAUUCAAUUUAAUUCGAUUUUAUUUGUAUAGCCCAAAUUCCCAAAAACAGUCAUCUCAGUGGGCUUUGUACCAGUAAUUGUAAAGUAAACAUAUAAUCAAAAGGAUCAUAAAUGCAUAGAAUUCAAUAGGAGAAUACUAAACUUUAACUUACCAGACUGAACUAAACUGGGCGUCCCUGACCUUAGACCCUCCUAGUUAUGAACACACACCUACAGUGCACUGUAGUGGUUGUAAGCAGGAAACAACCGCUAAAGGACAUCUUAGUGGCAAAAUAACAAAUAUAUGAGCCAGUAUUUAUUUUUUUAGAAACCACAUAUAAGUUACUCCUGAGUAUAACCUGGCCAAACUUUGCAAAAAACUGUAACUUAUUUUCCAAAAAGUACGGUAAUUCAAUUUUUUUAAAUUAGCAAACAUACAGGAAAUGGCAGAAAACACUUUGGUAAAACGAUUCCAAAGCCAAACUCCUAAAAUGUGGUGCUGUUCUUGGAAAAUGAUUGUAACAUCCAUUUAGUUCUCUGAUGAGUACAUUUUUGUGAAUUUCAUUUGAAAACUGUACCGCCCAGAAUUCCUACUGCCUGGUAAAAAAUCCUCCUUGCUGAAAUCCAACAUACAUUCUGAAUUCAUAUCAUCACACAUCCAAGCAGGCCGAUAUGCCUACCCCAUUGUUUUGCCAAUUUUUCUUUGUCAAAUUCUUGAUUUUUGGUUGUGGCCCUAAACAUAACACCAAACAUUUCAGUGACUUUGUGCGGUGCUUUACUGUGAAUGCUUUUACACAAGAGGCAGCCCCUUCGUGUGGGUCAACACUCGGUGAACUAUACAUAAUUAAGUGGUAACAUACGGUAUAUUAUUUUCUUAUCACUCUACAGUAGAGCUUUGCCUAAUCCUAAGUAUGAGCUGAUUGGACUGCAGUGUAUUUUUAAUGUGCUUUUCUCUUUUUUUAUGUGCUGCAGUUAAUUGUUCACUUUGCUUUUAUAUGGGUUCUUUUGAAGGAGGUGCCAGAUAAAUGUUGGCCAGGAAAUGGGGAAAAAAUAAAGCCAACUAGAGGUAUAAAGCAAUUUAACCCAAUGUUAAAUACAUAAUAAGCCAAACAAUAGAAAAGGAACUUUGUUCUGUUUUUUGAGAGCUUUUCUCAAAAGACUUAUCAUAUAUGAAGGUUAUUAGGAACGAUUUUCUUCGUUUUUGCCACCACGUCCUGCAGUGGAAAAAGACAGUAUCAUGUGUUUGGUAGAGCUGUUGCAAACAUCCACUGAUGUCGUGUUUACUUAAGCAAAAUGUGUGCUUUAACAGUUUGUGUCGCUGUGGGAAUCCUGUUACUCUGUUCUAUAUAUACAGUAACCUUAUUGCAUACCUGCUAAAGCACCCUGUAUACAGUCAUUUUUCAGCUAUUUGCUCAGCUUUUUUAUUUCAUUUUUUAAUUGUUUAUGAGUGAGUGUUACAGCUUGAUUACUAAAUUGAACAAAAAAAAUAUGCGUUCUGCUAACAAUUCAAGUGUUUAUUUUGAGGUUUUGACCAGCGAUGAUGAGCCUUUAUAUUGAUCUUUAUGUAGGACCUGAUGACCCUUUGCUGGCUGUUACAGCUCAAAAUAAAAAAUUGGACUAAAGGAAAAAAGAUGAAGCUGCAACCACUUGUCUCAGACUCUUUUGCAACUGUAUUGUUCCACAAAAUUGGAUAAUUUCACUGUGUUAAGUUAUUACAGGUAAUGUGGAUAGGGCUUUAAAGCAGCCCUUUCAUUGUUGUAUAUAUAACAUAUGAACCUUAUGGCUGACUCUAGUCCUGCACUGUAGAAAAAAAAAACACUGAAAACCAGCUGGUUGGUGAAACUUUUUGACCUCCCUGUACUAUCCUUACUAUUUUAAAGAUGACUGUGGAAUUGUGCCAAGAAACUAUUAAAUAGCACAUUUGAACAGCUCACAUAGAUUUAUUACCCAGUUUGGUAAUCUUCAUAACAAAAAAAAA